CCGCAGCCGCCCGCCCCGCUCGCCCCUUCCCCGCCUCCCGAGGGCAGCGGCGCCCAGCCAGCCCGCCGCCGCCGGGGGUUGGAGGCUGAAGCGGGCAGAGGCAGCUCCGGCUCUUCCCGAGGAAGAGGAGGAGGAGGAGGAGGAGGCGGCGGCGGGGACUGCAGGCAAAUGAGAAAGCAAAUCUCUUGAGACAUAAGCAGUGGUACUUCCCUGGAGGGAGGAGAUGGGGAUUCUCCUGUUGCUCUGAGUGUUGCCAGGUGCCAGAAGUGGUCCCCAGUGGUGGUGGACAGUUAUUCUGAGUGACGGCCCUUGCACACGCUUCUGAGUGGUUAUCAUGGGCUUCAUUGCCUUCCUGAAGACCCAGUUCAUAGUUCACCUCCUCAUUGGGUUCGUCUUUGUUGUCAGUGGACUGAUCAUUAACUUCAUCCAACUAUGCACGCUGCUCCUCUGGCCCAUCAACAAGCAGCUCUAUCGCCGAGUAAACUGUCGCCUUGCCUAUUCCCUAUGGAGCCAGUUGGUCAUGCUGCUGGAAUGGUGGUCAGGCACAGAGUGCACCCUGUUCUCAGACGAGGCCACGGUGAAAACCUUUGGGAAGGAACAUGUCAUCAUCAUCCUGAACCACAACUUUGAGAUUGACUUCCUGUGCGGCUGGACGAUGACGGAGCGCUUUGGAGUGCUGGGGAGUUCCAAAGUUCUUGCAAAGAGAGAGCUGCUCUAUGUGCCCCUAAUCGGCUGGACGUGGUACUUCCUUGAGAUUGUUUUCUGCAAAAGGAAAUGGGAAGAGGACAGAGAUACAGUCAUUGAGGGAUUGAAACGUUUGUCUGAUUAUCCUGAAUAUAUGUGGUUUCUGCUGUACUGUGAAGGAACUCGUUUCACAGAGACCAAGCACCGCAUCAGUAUGGAAGUAGCUGAAUCCAAGGGGUUGCCUAAACUGAAAUACCACCUGUUGCCCAGAACCAAAGGUUUCACCACUGCUGUCCAGUGUCUCAGGGGAACAGUUUCAGCAGUGUAUGAUGUAACACUAAAUUUCAGAGGAAACAAGAACCCGUCUUUAUUAGGAAUUCUUUAUGGAAAGAAAUAUGAAGCAGAUAUGUGUGUAAGGAGAUUUCCUCUGGAAGAUAUCCCUCAAGAUGAAAAGGAAGCUGCAAACUGGCUUCAUAAGCUUUACCAGGAAAAGGAUGCUUUGCAAGAGAUGUAUAAUCAGGAAGGUAUAUUUCCUGGCAAGCAGUUUAAACCUCCUAGGAGACCAUGGACUCUCCUAAACUUUCUUUUUUGGGCCACAGUUCUCCUCUCUCCUCUCUUCACAUUUGGCUUUGGAGUUUUUGCAAGUGGAUCGCCUCUCCUUAUCCUUGCAUUCCUGGGACUUGUAGGAGCAGCUUCCUUUGGAGUUCGUAGACUGAUAGGAGUAACUGAAAUAGAAAAAGGCUCCAGCUAUGGCAACCAGGAAUUCAAGAAAAAGGAAUAACUGACGGCUGCAGAUCAGCACAUAUAACCAGACUAUGGUAUCCGAUUAACUUCAGUUAAAAAACAACAACAAACACUUAGAAACUAUCUUUUUCUUAAUAACUGAUGACUAAUAUUAAUGAAUAAAACUUGAGCCAAGAAUGAAGAAGUUGGAGGCAUCGACUGAAGAGAAUGCACCAACCUUCUGCCUGUUCAAGGAUUACUGUAGUCAAGCUGUGGGAGAAAAUCUGGGGUGGGGUGGAAGAAGAAACUGAUUUUUCUUGCUUUGUUGGGGGACUUGGGGUGGGGGAGAAAAGAGGGCAUUGGCCAUGGCCACGUGUAUCUUCAGAUGACUGAAAACUGGUUUCUGUCAAGAGCACUACACUCACUUUUACAACAGGAGCCAUUGAAUGUUUCCUCUUGCUAAAGCCAACGUAACAUUUAUUGAUUUCCAACUUCUCUUACUAAUGAGCCAGGAAAAAACACCCUCCUUAAAUGAAUUGACAGGUGUUCAUUGGGUUAUAGUCUUUUUGGCUGUGUUGUCAUGGCUACAGAUGAAAUCCUGUUUGUAUGUUACACUGACACUUUUUAUUUUCAGGCAACAUCUUAAGACUUCUGUAACGCAGGAGAAGGGAUAGUGGAGUUUGGAAGCUGUGUGUUAUCCAUCAGCACAUCCCAUAGAACAGAUCCAAUAGGAUAACACUCCCAUCCUAUCUCCUGCUAACUGCUCAAGGCUGUUUAAUCUCUAAAUAUUACUUUAGUCCUGAGUGCUGUUUGCCCCAUUCCACAUCAAACAUGUUCCAUAAUUUUGAAUCUGUUUGGGCUCGUUUGGUUUUUGUUUUUUUUUAAUUAGUGGUUGGCCAUGGGAUUUAGAGUUGUAUAAAGAAGGAAAAUUUUCAAUUAUCUUUUUAUUUCUGUUUGCAUCUCUCAUUACCAAAGUCCAGUUCAGCCAACCUCUCUCAGUAAACUGGGAGGCAGCACUAGAAAUCAGCACAAUAGUUUUCAAAAUGUCUUCUUUCGUAAAAAAUGUGAAAAGGAAAGGUCUGUAGCAGUCAAAUUUUGAAUGCUGGUAUCUCUUGAACUUCUGAUGAGAGUUUCAGCAUGGAUUGAGAUGGGGCCAGGACUUUACCCUGUGUGUGUCAGGAUAGGGUGUGCUGCUCUUCUGACUUGAUCAUGCUUUAGAUGUUUAUGUGAAGUUUUUUGCAAGGUGAGCUGUGCUGUUAAAGCAUUAGAAAGAGUAUAAGGUCUCUUCAGGGAUUUUAAUUAUCUUUAGUUUUGCUUGUUGACAUUUUGGUCUUUUUCACUGAAAAUUAGAGCUCAGAAUCAUGUCUGUACCUGUCUCCCUUUUUUCCUUCCUUCCUUUCCUUGUUUUACAAACGCACAUUUGGAGGUUUCUGUAGGUUGCUGCUGUAUGCAUAGCUGGGGAAUUAUUUGCAAACAGAUGGUAACUAUACCUGUAUGUUCAAGUCUGAAGGUCACAAUCUGCAUUUGGCUGCUCACAGAAGUGGGUGAAAUGAGUUGCAGAUCUACAGCUGAGGGCAGAAGCUAACCCUCAGGGUCUGUAUCUUUAACCCAGCUGCCACUAGAAUAUUUAUCUCACUUUUGUAAAGAGCAGACUUUAUCAAAGCACUGGUUGUUGUUUUCAUCUGUGCUCCAGUAACUAAGAUAAGAGAGUAAUAAUUUACCUUCUUUCCAAAUUUGCUCUUAACUGUUGGAAUGUAACCUCUUCUCCCACAGGUUUUUCUGUUUUCAAACACUGGAAGAGCAAUUUUGUAACUUAGAAAAAUAUUUUACUUGGGGUCAUUAAUCACUUGUUCUGUCAUGCACUUGAUUUUUAUUUGUGGUCUUUUCAACAAGAGCAUUUGAAGGCUGACCUGAGUUCUGUCUGUCUCCUGUUAGAUUCCACCUCUCUGAAUCCUUGUACCCAGACCCCCAACGUUAGUGUGUCAUUGUCCCCUCAAUAAAUCUUCCCUAAGAGAGGGGCUGCAAAACUGUUGCAAAUGUUAGUGGGAUUUGAAAUAUGCUUUGGGAACUGAGGAGAGCAGAGCCUAGCCAUAACUCUGUUUUCCUUGCUGGAUGUUUUUGUAAUUUGUCUUCAAGUACAGUCAGACAUCCAAAUGCUGACAAAGUUAACUCUGGCUUUUCCCUGUUUUUAACCAGAGGACUGAGAACAGUGGGGGGUUCUUUUUUUUUUUCUUCUUUUUUUUUUCACUAAUUCAGUAAUGGGUAUAGUUCUUGCUUCCUAGAAAGAUGUUACAAAUGCUGUAUACUUGCUUCCUGAAGAUGAUAUUGAGUAUAUAUAAAUUGUACUGGCUUAGCAGAAGAGGCUUGCUAAGCAGGCUGACCAUUGACUAUGUUUUAUACUUACAUUUUGAGCAGUAUAUUAAUGGGCAUGACAAGAAUUUCACAAAAUAAAUCCCUUCUUAAUGCUGAGAAGAGGGGAGCUGCUUAGAGGAGAAAGGAAUUAAUAGCCUUUCUCUUUACAGGAUCCUUUUCUCCUCUUAGUGCAUGUAACUCCCUAUUGAGGAUCAUGGGAUUAGUGCAUGUACAUCAAGGGGAGAAUAAUCAACAUUUCAUAUUUUCUUAUCAUAACUUAUUGGUCAUGCUUUCUUUUUGAAAAUAUAAUAAAUACAUCAUCAGAUACUUAAAUUUUGCUCUUCUAAACAGACAUAUCAGUAACACUUGAAAAACUGAAACUACAGCAGUGCACAAAACAGUACAAAACCAACACGAAUCUCUUCAUUUUGAAUUUUCUCUCUCAAAUAGGGGUUUUUAUACUCGCGCGCGCACACGUACACAGAGUAUGUAUCAAUUAAAAUGACUGGAAAUAGCUGAAGUUAAUGUCACUAAUGAAGAUUAGCAGGUGGAUUGGAUUGGAAAAGUGAGCAUAGAUUUUAUAUCUUAUUUUCUUCUGGUUUAAUAGAGCAUAGCUUGUAUAUUUGACUACCAAGCCCUUUAAGAGCAAUAAUAAACAAAAAUAUAUCA